AACGAAUCUAGGAGGAAACGCCUUACUUUUUAUCUUUGUAUUAGAAUGUCUUAAGCAUCAUUGAAAUUGGUGAAAAGAAUCUGUUUCACUGUUAUCCAUGUCAUCCUCACCAACACAAAAUGAAAAUGCGACAUUUUCUCUGAAAAAAAUUGAUGAGAACAAAAAAUACUUUCAUGAUUCUAAGACGAAUAAAAAUGGGACAGACAAAGAAGAUAGACGAAGUCAAAAUUCAUCAUCUCCGUCCUCAAGUUCUACCUCUGACGAUGAAUCGGAAACAAGUUCGGAAGAAAAACCAGAAUCCUAUAAUCAAAAUGUAAAAAAAAAAAACAUUCAGACUACAUCUACAAUAGCCUUUAGUGAUAAGGGCGACGAGGUAACAGAUGAAAGUGACAUUGAAGAUGAUCUUGUGUCUGCAAUUAAUUAUAACACAAUCACUUCUUUGGCUGCUUUAAAAGAUAUGUUGCAAUCUUCUGGAGAGGAUUCAGAAGGAGUUGAUAGCUUUUUUAAUCAUUAUUUUUUAUCUCAUGUAAAUCGAUUGCCUUCAAGAAAUCAAACUCAUAGCCCUUACCCCUGGGGAAGACGAUUAUCUGAAUGCCGCGAGGAAGAUGAAUAUGAAACUGAAGAAGGAAAAGCUAGCGACUCAAAAGAAAUCUGCUCCACUCAAAGUGCAGAAAUUUUAUUUGGUCAGGAAUCCAAAGAUGAGCAAAAAACUAGUGAAUCAACAGUUUGUCAUCCAUCUUCUUCUUUUGAAAAACUGAGUCCAAAGAAAACGGAGAUAAACAUCAUACAAAAUUUGAAAAAUGUAGAAUCUCAGUCUACUUCAUGUUUGGCAUCAAUAAAAGUCACUAAUUGCAGUUUCAUAUCACCACCAUCAAGAAAAUCAUCUUUACGUCGACGAAACACUACGGGUCCAGGAAUGGUUCUUCCUGCAAUGGAUAAUCUUAGCGAUAGUGCUAGUACGACGUUUUCAAAAAUUAGUCCUCUUCAAAGUCCACAUUUAGAUAAAAGAUUUUUUGACUCUAGUCUCAUUGAAAUGAAAAGUCAAGCAAGUAGUUCUAGUACACUUGAUUAUGAUUCUACUGACGAAAUAUGGAUUCGUAGAAUAGAUGUUCGACAGGACUACAAAUAUCAAAACUUGGGCUCAGAAACAUUACCAGUGGCUGGUGCAGAAGGCAGUGAUUCAGCACUUUUUUUUAAUGAAACGCAUAAUCGUCCAAGAGCAGGUACUUGGGAUAAUAUGACUUCAAUUCAAAAAGGAUUGUCAGAUUAUAUUACUACUCCCACAAAAUCCAUGUCUCGGUCGCACCAGCAAAUUGAAUCAACAAAAAAGUUCAUUUCGUCCCAGCGUGAUUUAAUCAAUAAACACGGUAGACGAAAUAAUAAUUAUGAGAGUAAAAAAAGUAUAGAAUCAUUUUCUUUUGCUAGUAGUAGUCCAUCUCAAAAGAAUGUACGGGAUGCAUUUCGACCUAGAAGUAAAUCAGAUGCAAGUAAAACAAAGAAACCUAGUAUAAUCACAAACAUGAAAAAUGUCGUGCAGUUGAUAUAA